CCCGCCCGCACGCGCCCGCCCACCUCGCGACGCCAAAAAGGAGUCUGCCACCCCCACGCCCACCCGCGCACCCACUCCUGCUCUCUCCACCCCCGUGCUCUCGCGGCGGCGGCGGCGGCGGGCCCGAGCCUGAGCCCUGCACCCCGAGCUAGGGUUUUGGACUCCUGGUCUCCGCCCCCGCCUCCUGUCUCUUUCCACCGCGGCUCCACCCUUCGCCGCGCCGCCGCGAGUGGACAUGGAUCUGCCGAGCCUCGCGGUGGUGCUGCGCGCCGCGCUCAGCCACCUCCCCGAGGAACGCAAAGCCGCCGAGAAGAGCCUCAACCAGUUCCAGUACACGCCACAGCAUUUGGUGAGAUUAUUACAGAUCAUUGUGGAUGGAAGUUGCGAUAUGGCUGUACGGCAGGUCGCAAGCAUUCAUUUCAAGAAUUUUAUUGCGAAGAACUGGUCUCCUAAUGAUCCAGAUGAGUCCCAGAAAGUUUUAGAAAGCGACAAGUCCCUGGCCCGUGAGAAUAUACUAGGUUUUAUUGUUCAAGUGCCCCCUUUGUUAAGAGCUCAGCUUGGAGAAAGUAUCAAAACAAUAAUACAUUCUGAUUAUCCCGAGCAGUGGCCAAGUCUCCUUCAUUGGGUUACACACAACCUAGAAUUACAAAAUCAAAUUUUUGGAGCUUUAUAUGUGCUAAGGGUUCUUGCCAGGAAAUAUGAGUUCAAGUCCGAGGAUGAGAGAAUACCUUUGUAUCACAUUGUCGGGGAGACUUUUCCUCGCCUGCUAAGCAUUUUUAGUAAACUUGUUCAGAUUGUCAAUCCGCCAAUUGAAGUAGCUGAUUUAAUCAAGCUGAUAUGUAAAAUAUUUUGGUCUUCAAUUUAUCUGGAGAUUCCAAAGCAACUAUUUGAUCCAAAUGUCUUCAAUGCAUGGAUGGUUCUGUUUAUAAACUUGUUGGAAAGGCCAGUUCCGUUGGAAGGUCAACCAAUAGAUCCUGAGAUCAGGAAAUCUUGGGGCUGGUGGAAAGUUAAGAAAUGGACUAUCCAUAUCUUGAACCGUCUGUACACCAGAUUUGGUGAUCUGAAGCUUCAGAAACCAGAUAGUAAAGCUUUUGCUCAAAUGUUUCAAAAGAACUAUGCUGGAAAAAUAUUGGCUUGUCACAUGCAUCUGCUGAAUGCAAUUCGAACUGGCGACUACUUGCCAGAUAGGGUUAUCAAUCUUGUUCUUCAGUAUCUGACUAACAGUGUUACAAAGAACAGCAUGUAUCAGAUGAUGCAGCCUCAAAUUGACAUCAUUCUUUUUGAGAUAAAUUUUCCUCUUAUGUGCUUCAAUGACAACGACCAAAAGUUAUGGGAUGAAGACCCUCAUGAAUAUGUUCGGAAGGGAUAUGAUAUUAUUGAAGAUUUGUACAGUCCUCGAACAGCUGCUAUGGACUUUGUGAGUGAAUUGGUUAGAAAGCGAGGGAAAGGCAACCUUCAAAAGUUCAUCCAUUUCAUUGUGGACAUAUUCAGGAGGUAUGAUGAGGCAUCACCCGAUCUUAAGCCAUAUCGCCAGAAAGAUGGUGCUCUUCUCGCCAUUGGGACACUAUGUGAUAAACUGAAGCAAACUGAUCCAUAUAAAUCUGAGCUGGAGCAGAUGCUGGUCCAACAUGUUUUUCCCGAGUUCAAUAGUCGUGUUGGACACUUGCGUGCAAAGGCAGCAUGGGUUGCUGGGCAGUAUGCCCAUAUCAACUUCUCAGACCCGGACAAUUUUCGUAGGGCUAUGCACUGUAUAGUCUCUGGAAUGCGUGAUCCAGAUCUUCCUGUGCGGGUCGAUUCAGUCUUUGCACUUCGUUCUUUUGUUGAAGCAUGCAAAGAUCUAAAUGAGAUUCGACCUAUACUUCCGCAACUCCUUGAUGAUUUUUUUAAACUGAUGAAUGAAAUUGAGAACGAGGAUCUUGUGUUCACCCUUGAAACUAUUGUUGACAAAUUUGGUGAAGAGAUGGCACCUUAUGCACUAGGAUUGUGCCAGAAUUUGGCUGCUGCCUUCUGGAGAUGUAUGGCUAGUUCAGAAGCAGACACUGAAGCUGAUGAUUCAGGUGCUUUGGCAGCUGUUGGUUGCUUACGAGGGAUCAGCACAAUCCUUGAGUCCAUUAGCAGCCUCCCACAUCUUUUUAUUCAAAUGGAACCUACGUUGCUGCCUAUAAUGCGCAGGAUGCUGACGUCUGAUGGUCAAGAUGUUUAUGAAGAAGUUCUUGAAAUUGUCUCCUAUAUGUCAUUUUUUUCACCAACAAUUUCAUUGGACAUGUGGAGCUUGUGGCCAUUGAUGAUGGAGGCUCUUAAUGAUUGGGCUAUAGAUUUCUUUGAGAAUAUUCUUGUUCCAUUGGACAACUACAUUUCCCGUGGAACUGAUCAUUUUCUUGCGUGCAAAGAUCCUGAUUAUCAGGAAAGCCUGUGGAAUGCACUAUCAUCUAUUAUGGGGGACGAAAACAUGGAAGAUUCGGAUAUUGAGCCAGCUCCCAAGCUUAUUGAAGUGUUUUUUCAGAAUUGCAAAGGCAAUGUGGAUCGGUGGGUUGGGCGUUACCUCAUGAUUACAAUUGAGCGGUUGCGUCGAGCACAUAAGCCAUAUUUGAAAUGCCUCCUUGUACAAGUGAUUGCUAAUGCGCUCUACUACAAUCCUUCGUUCACUCUUGAAAUUUUACAAAAGCUUGGGGUUGCAGCAGACAUUUUUAGGCAUUGGUUUGCUAUGAUACAAGAAGUCAAAAAGAAUGGUUCUCGGGCCAAUUUCAAGAGAGAUCAUGAUAAGAAAGUUUGCUGCUUGGGACUGACCUCACUUAUUGGGCUUCCAGCAGAUAAGAUUCCAGCCGAAGAUUUAUAUCAGAUUUUUAAAGCAACACUUGAGUUGCUUGUUGCUUACAAAGACCAAGUUGCAGAAUCUAAGAAGCAAAAUGAGGCUGAUGCUGAUGAUAUGGAUGGCUUUGAUGCUGAUGAAGAAGAUGAUGAGGAAGUUGACUCCGAUAAGGAGAUGGGUCUUGAUGAUGAAGAAGAUGGGGAUGAAGUAAGCAGUCUUCAUCUCCAGAAAUUAGCUGCAGAGGCUAGAGGUUUCCAGCCAGCCGAUGACGAUGAUGACUCAGAUGAUGAUUUCAGUGAUGAUGAUGAGCUACAAUUGCCUAUAGAUGAGGUGGAUCCAUUUGUUUUCUUUGUUGAAACCGUCCAAGGUUUGCAAGCAUCUGAUCCUCUCAGGUUCCAGAACCUUAUGCAGACUUUGGAUUUCCGCUAUCAAGCGCUUGCUAGUGGCAUAGCUCUACAUGCUGAGGAAAGAAAAGUUGAAAUUGAGAAAGAGAAAUUGGAGAAGGCAAAUGCUCAAUGACAAUUCAUAAGUUAUAGGUGGUUGCCUUUGAUUUUAUUUCCAUUGUGCGGGUAUAGCAUUAGUGUUGGUCAAUUUCCUAUGGUUUGCCAAUCGCAGGUAAUGAUUUUUUUUUCAGCCUUAUCCAACCUUUUGAGGUAGGGCAAUUUUAGGUUCGCAAAAUUCUAGCGAGAGAAGCCGAUGAUAGAGCCAUCUUGGAUAAUCUGUCAACGGCAGUCAUGUUCCUAGUGGCCCAUUGUUGCGGUCUUGGUUGUGCAAGCGUGACACCAAAAAGCUUCUUCUCUUGGGGACAGUUGUUUGCCAUGCUGUUCGGGCCACUGAUUUUUGCGGGGCUUACUAGAGCAUUUGUUGGAGAACACCCCCUCUGGUGGUGGGGUGCAUUCUCCAGGUCAAGUUUUAGAACUGUUCGGUGUAGAUUGUAUAUUUCAGUUGCCUAGGCAAUACUCUGCGGUUCCAUGGCGGGGCUGUGAUAUAUGUUUUCUUUUAUUGUUUUUGCAAGCUGUGACUUAUGUUUGUUUUUGUUCAUUUAUUUAAAAGGGCAAAAAAAUGGUUAGUGUUAUGCUGCAGAGUUACCUUGUUAAGUGUUGUGAUUCUUUAGGCUUAGAAAUUGUUGGAAUAUAUAUACGUGUUGGCAUGCCCGGCUUGUUUCCGCGCGCAUGAACCAGAUCUGAAUGGAGAAAUAAAUGUUUGCAUCUGGAGAAA